AUGAUGAAACAAUCAAAAUCAUUCAAUUCGGUAGCUGCUUCAGUUCAGCCACUAGAAGCCUCAACAAUGGGCUGCUUCGACAACACAAUAUCAUCCAAAGCCGUAUGCUUUGAUGUGGACAGCACAGUCUGCCUAAAUGAGGGUAUUGAUGAACUUGUUGAAUUUUGUGGAGCUGGAAAGAUGGUUGCAGAGUGGACUGCUAGGUUGGAUUUAUCUCUGCUGACAUAA